AUAAAAGCUAAUAUAAACAGCAGAUCCAAGAAGAACCUUAUAACUUGCAAGUUUUAAGCAAACCCCCAAUCAAGAGACAAAGGGGCUCAUCAAUGUCUAAACCAAGGUUGGAGGAUAAGGUGGCACUUAUAACUGGUGCAGCCAGUGGCAUCGGCGAGGAAGCUGUCAGAUUAUUCACUGAGAAUGGAGCUUUGGUUGUUGUCGCCGACGUUCAAGAUGAAUUGGGACAUCAAGUGGUUGCAUCUAUAGGCUCAGACAAAGCUACUUACCAUCACUGCGAUGUAAGAGAUGAGAAACAAGUUGAAGAAACAGUGAAAUUCACACUAGAGAAACAUGGAAGAUUGGAUAUCAUGUUCAGCAAUGCUGGAAUCAUAGGCCCAUUGACUGGGAUACUAGACCUCGACAUUGAAGGCCUUGACAACACUAUGGCUACAAAUGUUCGUGGCGUUGCUUCGACAAUUAAACACGCAGCUCGUGCAAUGGUGGCUAAAGAAAUACGCGGAUCGAUUAUAUGCACUACUAGUGUUGCAGCUUGUCUUGGAGGAACAGGGCCACAUGCCUAUACCGCAUCCAAACACGCCCUAGUAGGGCUGGUUCGAUCAGCUUGCAGAGAGCUUGGGCAUCAUGGAAUUAGAGUCAAUUGUGUUUCUCCGUUUGGCGUUGCCACGCCUCUUUCAUGCAAGGCCUACAAUCUGGAACCGAGUGAGGUUGAAGCUAAUAGUUGUGUCUUGGCUAACUUGAAGGGGAUUGUGUUGAAGGCUAGGCAUAUUGCUGAGGCUGCUCUGUUUCUAGCUUCAGACGAAUCAGCUUAUAUCAGCGGUCAUAACUUGGUGGUUGAUGGUGGUUUCACGGUGGUGAACCAGAGUUUCUCGGCAUGACAUCAAUCGAAAUUUUCUAGAAUUUACUUUCUGCUUCUAGUUAAAAUUUAAUUGAAAAUUUUCAUUUUCAUUUUUCCAAGUCAAACCAUGUUACCGGCACUCCCCAUGUGCCUUCUCCUUGUAAUCUGCAUUUUUAUCUCUUCGUUUUUUCUUUGUUCUACACCAGAAGUUCAUUAAUCUUUGUCUUAUGGAAACAUUUAUUUAUGGUUUUCACAGAA